AUGUUAAAACGUGAAUCCUUGAUUCCAGGCAGUAUCACGCUUGACGCUAUGCAAGAUUGCAAAGAUAAAAAUUCUAGUAGAUCGUUCGAGUGGACGUACAAGAUCUGCAUAUUGCGAAAUGGCAAAACGGACUGGCAUUCUGCUCGCACGUUCAGGAAAUACGCACGAAAGGAUCAGCAGCAGCCAGCAUUGUACACGAAUUUUCUACUACGAUGCUUCGUCCAGUCGCUUGCUGUCUGUCUGAGGAAUUCGUUGAUGAUCACCAGUCUCGAACUGGACGGCAUUCCUUUGGCGCCAAAAUACAUAAAGAUCCUCAGUGAUGGCUUGGCGAGUAAUCGGAAUCUGCGAAGCUUGUCAUUAAUCAGAUGUCAAAUUGGUGAUGCAGGAUGCGAUCUAUUGUUAGAAAGUCUGCAGUGUAAUCCAAGUCUCCAUAUUCUGAACCUGUCGUCAUGUUGUCUCACUAAUAGAAGCGCUACGUGUUUGUCAUUAUACUUGAAAAAACGGAGAGUGGACUUAUUGCGAAGUGUUUGGAACGAAUCAACGUUGUCUCGAGAGGACGUUGACGAAACAAUGAAAGAAGGACUGCAAGUACUGAUACUCGAUAAAAAUUACAAAUUUACCGACAUAGGCCUGCGGCAGCUGAUACAUGUUCUGAAGAGUGAUUUCUGGUUGAAGAAAUUAUGCUUGCGAUGUUGCGGGAUCAGCGAACGCGGAGGACAGAUUACGCUGGAACUUUUGCGAACGAACAGCGUCAUCACUCAAAUUGAUCUCAGGGAGAACAAAGUGCCGGCUGAUAUAUCGCAAAUCAUCCAUAAGCUCUUAAAGACAAGGAAACAUAAAUGGGAAAGGGUAUCAAUGCAGAAAAGAUUACUGAGCCAUAAACAUGUUCGUACCCGAGAUAUAAUUGCAAAGAGAACGUCUCAGUGUGCAUUGAAGAAGAACAAAUGUAUCACAAAUCCGGACUAUCUUCAAUUAAGGAUGCAAGACAAUUGCGUUUCACAAAUAUGGUGCCCUACGUAUAUGCGAAGGACAACAAGCGAAAAUAGUAAAGUACACAAAGCGCACGAUACAGUAAGGGGAAAACACAUUCAAUGGACCAACGUGCAGCAAAUGCAGAAACGUUUGUCGCUUAUGAUCAAACGGAAUCAAAAUCUAAUAGCGGCCUUAGAGAAUAACGCAGAUUUUUUGACGGAGGAGAGAAAUCGCCGUUUGAGCGCUGAGGAAGCGUAUCACAAACUUCAACCUCGGCUUAAGAGUCUCAGGAAAAAAAUAGCUGUGCAAAAUUCUACCUGUUCCGCUGCGCGUUAUGAAAAUCAAGCUUACACGAACUUGCUAAAUAUAUUCGAUAAAUUAGCGAUAUUCACGAAUGAGGAAAAGUUUAGGAUAGAUGGUAGAGGUGUCGAAGCAGAAUCUGGCGGGAACAAAAUUAAGUCUGCUGUUUAUCGUUGUAAAAGCCAACCGUGCAAAAACGAACUCGCUUAUCUCUGGCGCAAAAGACCAAAUGGACGCGAGUGAAAGACGCACGGAUACCUGUAACUUGAAGCCGCUAAAUAUUUAUGCUGUG